CACCGUGGCGCGAAAGCGUCUUACUCUUUUCUAAUAUCAGACGUCGAAGAGUCUUUAAAGUGUGUGUGUAACUUAUAACCACCUGAAGACAGUUCUCCUGAUGAAAAAGUCCAUACUUGCUGAUAUAAGUGCACUUGUAUGGAGACAAGACGAGCAAAACGCGAAGUUACUGUGGAGGUACUGUCAUUGGAAAUGAGCCCCGUGGGUCUGCGGGGACCAGUGCGACAAUCAGCACGAAACGCCCUCCCACCCAAACGGUACUCGCCCGAAACAACCAACUUUAAAACACAGAAAAGGGGGAAGACGACAACGCGCAGUGACCAUGGCGGACUUUCGCAAUAUGAGCUGGAGCGUCUGGAGAACAUCAGACAGAAUCGAGCUUUUCUCUCAUCCAUCAACUUAUUACAGGCAACUGAGGAGUUAAAGCAGUUGACACGGCCCAAGCCAUCGCAGAGAGGUCUCCUGAGUGGCAGGCUGAAGGCUGCUGCAAAGGAAGCGCUGCCGGCUCGCAAAUCCCUUCGUCUCCAAAAUAAAGAGCCAAACGCCUUGAUACCCAAAGGGCUCCUGGACAUGCAAACGUUAACGUCAAUGAAGAAACCUCCCGGUCCUCUGCCUUUGGAUGCGAUCAACAUGGAAGAGGGAAGCAAGCUGCCGUCAUCACUUCUUGAGCUGUGCUCAGAGGGUUACCCUGAAGAAAGAAAAGAGGAUCUUGAUCUGAACGCCUACCGCUCAGCCCUAAAGGACAUGAGGAUCACUGGGGACAGAGUGGCCAAAGUGGUGAAGGACCACAUCUACUCUGCUUCCUUCCACCCCUGUACCAGCAGCCUGUUGGUUGCCGCCGGAGACAAGCUGGGGAACGUUGGACUCUGGAAGUUGGGGGGCGAGGGGGUUGACGAUGGCGUGCUACUCUUCGAGCCCCACACUCGUCCAGUCAGCUGCAUGGCGUUCUCCAGGGUUCAUCCCACCCAGCUGCUGAGCCUCAGCCACGACGGAUCUGUUCGCUGUAUGGACGUAGAGAAGGCCGUCUUUCAUGAUGUGUACGACGUUGAAGAUGGCCUGAGAAAGUUCGACUUCAUGUCACAUGACUGUUCUACACUGGUAGUCGGGAACUGGUUUGGAGAAGUUGCCAUUGUCGAUAGGCGGACUCCAGGAAACACCCACGAGUCCCUUCACUCUUUGGGCAAGACCCUGCGUUGUGUGAGCGUCCACCCUUUACAGAAGCAGUACUUUGCAGUUGCAGAAAGCCGGGUGGUGAAUAUUUACGACAGCAGAUGCCUAAAAAAAUCUAAAACCGUGGCGGUCUCCCAGCUGGAUGGACACUCUUUAAGUACGUCCAACGCCUAUUUCUCCCCUUGCUCUGGAAACAGACUGCUCACAGCCUGCGUGGAUGACAUGAUCAGGAUAUAUGACACAUCUUCAAUGACGGCAAAAUCUCCCCUGCUGACAUCCAUCAGACACAACACACACGCGGCCCGGUGGACCAAGCUGUCGGCGGUGUGGGACCCCAAACGGGAAGAUUGCUUUGUGGUCAACUCGACGCGGGCUCGGUCGGUGCAGGUGUUCCACCAAGGCGGCGAGCUGCAGCACCACUUUGUGGACGAGGAGAACUUCUACACAGCGGUGUCGGUCACUGCUUUCCACCCAUCAAGGAAUGCCUUCCUCGGUGGCAGUGCGUCAGGGCGCCUGCACGUCUUCUCCGACCGAGAUGAAAAGCAAUAAUGUGACCCCGGACCUUUAGUCGACCUUCUUUUAGGUAGGAAAUAUUUCAGUUACAGUGGUUUCCUCGGUGCUCGUCCACUCCUUUGUCUGGAUCUCCACAUCGCUUUAGGGCUGUUGUCGCAAGUCGCACACUAAAUUGUUCCCUCCAAGCGUUGUCAGGGGGCCAACAGCCCCCUCCCCCCCUCCCUGUUUCUUUACUUAUAGUUCUCCUAAGAAUGGCAGAGAGUCAUUUGUGAUUUUAUUCAUUAAAGUUACGGCUGCUAAUCUUUGUUAAUAUUUGUUCAAACUCCAAAAUACAUUCCAACAGCAGUCAAUAAAUCAAAUGCCUGUCUCGUCACACUUUGGCUUUGCGCUUUACUUUUCUGUUCUAAUAUUUAUAGCGUUUAAUACUUCAAAUGUGUUUAAGGACCUAAACAAUUUCUAAAAUUGGUUCCCUUUCGGUGGUUUUUGUAUUCCUUUAAAAAAUAUAUAUUUUUAUUUCUUAACCUCUGGAGCAAAGUGAAUAAAUAAAAAGAUUUUUAUACAAAACAUUUUGAGUGUGAGUGCAACUCAUUUUAGCAUCACUGUUUUUACCUCUUGGA